AAUUGAGUGAGGAGGGAAAAGUUGGUCAUCUGGAAGCCAGUGAUAACCAGACACGCAUUAGAAUGCCCCGCCAGGCGUCUUUUCUUUGUAUGGGAGGGAACUUUGCUUCUAAUAUAUUACAAAAGGCGCUAGAUCUUAAUAGGGAAGCUAUCGAACAGGCAGAACCACUUCUGGUUGGAACCUUUCGGCUGGGGGCACUCGACUUAAAAGACGGUCGAUUAUACGGCGCCUAUACCACCAACGUUCUGGCUAAGGUUGAAGUGUAUUGCAGCGAAAAGACCAUUUACCUGUGGACGCCACUAUCAAUUCGGGCGCCUCAAGUGCUCUUCGAUUUAGUGUACCUAGCGAGUAUCGCAGCCGGCGAAUUUCUGGUGUAUUUCGAUUGGCUAUUUUUGAAUAUAACGCUUGCAGUACCCCGACCACCGAAAGAGCCUGGCGCUAAGUCAAAGGUGAUUAAGCUCAGCUUCCUGGGAAGUUCUGGAUUAGGUUUCCGCUCUCCUACUCGUGGCCCGCUGAGUGCAGCACUUAGUACGAUUUUAAAUUUGCUAACGCGCACAUUUAGAUGGCCAGCUGAACGAAUUAUCGAGAUCAUCGCUGAAGACCUCACUAAGGGUUUCGUCCAAAAGACCAAUCUUCCAUUAUAAGGAAGCUCGUUACAACCGGAAAUUCGAACACGUUCAACUAGUCAAUGAUCGAUAAUGAAAUUAUGCGAGCACUUUUCUCAUGGAAUAUAAGAGGCUCUGAAAAAUAUCUUUCUUUUUUUUUCUUUUUCCUGGUUUAAUCUUGUCAUAGGCAACAACUGCCUAUUUAAAUUAUGCUCAGAUAAACUGUGGACUGGCUGUAUUUGGAUUUAUUAGCCUUUAGUUGGCCAAUUAAUGCUAGCUGAACGAGCUAUAGUUGGUAAGACCUAAUUGCAAUUUAUUGAAAGGCACAAGCUUUACCAACGUGUAAGGAGUACCGCUUCAAUUAAAUUGGCCCAUUCUGCUGUCACAUGGCCUUUAUUGACUGCAGUGGUUUCAUAAUAGCAUUAAUUCUUCAUGCUAUGAAACAGGUAGAAGACCGUGUCCAGACAAAUAAACUAAACUUCAUACUAUGCAUUUAUUGGCCCUCCCAUAUGGGCACUGCAAAACCUUUAUCUAUUAUAUGUCUUUUCUGUCCUCUAUAUCUACUUUACACCAGCUGACGUCCCGAAUAUAACGUAUUAGUAGUUUUUACCAAAUUUCUCAAUAAAAUCUCUUCCCUUAAUCCACUUUUUAUUAUUUUUUUUAUGAGUUAAUGAACUCACUCUACAAUGAUUAACUAAUUUUAUCACAAUAAAAAGACUUCCUUGGGGUACCCACUUCUACGUGACACGUCUGGUAUCGCCGUUAGGCAUGCCAUCUGAUGGCUGGUUCUCAACGUGAAACGAAGUGUGUCUAUGCCCGCGUUCAAACCUAGACAACACCGUGCCCCUUACCGAAUACGUUACCCACUAAGCUGUCGCGGGGGCCUGUGGU